AUGCCGGGCGGCAGCUCGCGCGGCCCGAAGAGAAAAAGGAACCGGGAUGCCGUGGAAUACCCCUCCUUUCCAGGGGAGUGCCCCCCGCAGCCCAGGAGAGCAGGCCUCAGGACCUCCCUCGCAGAGGCAUGGCGCAGGUGUGAGGAAGGAUUUCGGGGCUCUCCUGGGACUCCGUCAUUAGCAGCUGAAAAGAAGACUGUUAUAGAAAAGCACAUUGAAUUGUUUGCUAGUCCCAAGAAAGAAACUACCACGUCUAAGAGUGCCAGUGGGAUUACAGAAAUAACUUGGAGUUCCAGUGGAAGUGAUCAGUCAGAUGAAGGUAAACUACUUUCUAAGUCAAAGACAUGGUAG